UAAGUGACAAAGCAACGUCGUCCUCUCUGCUAUUUCCAUAUUUCGUCAGCCGCGAUCUUCCCUCUAGUGUCCUCUGCGUAGUCAACUUCCGGUAAAGUCUUAUCAUUCUUUCAGAUGACAAGCAUUAGCUCCUCCCUCCCAAUAGCUGCGUAAUCUGGAGACAGUGACUGAAGGAGAGAGAGUGGAUGGGACACGGAACCAAACGUAAAGAAGUAACUAGGAACAUUCCAUAUCAACACCGAAGAGAGAUACAAGAUACAGAAUAGGCCAUUGAAGAAUGGCGCCUUUCAUUGACAUUCUAGGGAGGGCCUGGAAGGGCCUUCGGUGUGAUGACGAUUUUUAUGACAGACUCUCACACAGAUACACGUCGAUCAUUCUGCUGGUUUUCACUGUACUAGUGAGCACAAAACAAUAUGUCGGCGACCCAAUCGUUUGCUGGGUACCCGCCGUUUUCACGGGCGCACACGAAGACUAUGCGAACAAUAUAUGCUGGAUUUCCAACACGUAUUACAUGCCGUUCGAGGAACGGAUUCCGGGCGCCGAGCUUCCAAGGGCCCACAUCGGCUACUAUCAGUGGGUGCCCAUAAUGUUACUGCUGCAGUCUCUAUUGUUUUACAUCCCGACCAUUGUAUGGAGGUUGAUGUCCGGUAGCACGGGUAUUGAUGUCCAUAUGAUUGUCAACGCCCUGGGAGGGGUGGACAACCUGAACCCUGAGAACAGGGAGAAGGUGAUCAAAUUUUUGGUGCGACACAUGGACAGAUAUUUCGAUUCUAAUCGCGAGUACGAGAAGGGUUGCUGUACCUCCAUCAAACAGAUGCUUGCCAAGUACUGCUGCCUCUUUGUCGGCAAACGCUACGGAAACUUCUUGGUGUUUCUGUUUCUGUUCUGCAAGCUGCUGUACAUGGCGAACGCCAUCGGGCAAUUCUUUCUGCUGAACACGUUCUUGGGUACACAGUACCAUAUCUACGGCUUCGACGUCAUCGACGACAUGGCCAACAAUCGAGACUGGACAUCUCACGGCCGCUUCCCGCGAGUCACUCUCUGCGACUUCAAAGUUCGUCAACUCGGCGGCAAUAUCCAUCGACACACUGUACAGUGCACCCUCCCUAUCAAUUUGUUCAACGAAAAGAUUUACAUGUUCAUCUGGUUCUGGCUUGUCUUGGUUGCAGGCGCCACCGUUUUCGGCUUCUUCACUUGGAUGAGUCUGCUCUUCGUCCGCGAGAGAAACCAUUUCGUCAGAAAAAAUCUGAAACUGAUGCAGAAAAUCGCCACCAAUUCGGAAACCAAGAUGACCAAGGCCUUCAACACCAAAUAUUUGAAACAGGACGGUGUAUUUAUACUGAAAUUGAUCGGUCGAAACACCAGCGAUGUCGUUGUAGCUGAAGUAGUCGCAGAGCUCUGGGAUCAUUUCAUUAAGAACAAACCCCAGUUCCACCCCAAGGACACCGAAGUUAUGCAACCAGAGGAGAUCCAAGGGAUGGCACCCUUUGUGGACAUCCUAGCGGGUGUAUGGAAGGGGAUAACUAGCGACGAUGACUACUACGACCGAUUAAACCACCGCUACACCGCCCUGCUCCUCGUUGUAUUCGGCGUCCUCAUCGGCAGCAAGCAGUAUGUGGGAGAUCCCAUCGUUUGCUGGGUGCCUGGAGUGUUUACGGGCUCACAUAAAGAAUAUGCUAACCAAUACUGCUGGAUCAAAAACACGUACUUUAUGCCGUUCGAGGAGCGGAUCCCGGGCCCGUCACUGCCAAGGGCGCACAUUGGUUACUACCAGUGGGUAACGCUGAUGCUGUUCCUGCAGGCGUUGCUCUUCUAUUUUCCUCGAAUCUUCUGGCGUCUCAUGAGCUCAGCUGGGGGUAUUGACUUUAAUAUGAUUGUCGGAGCGUUGUGGGGACCAGCUUGCCUCGACCCGGAGAAGCGAGAGGGCACCGUGAAAACGGUCGCCUUGCACGUGGACCGCUUUUUGAUGCUCAAACAAGAUUACUCCAAGUCCAAAUUGGUGAGAAUAAAGGAAAAAAUCGUGAACUUGAUCUGUCCCUUCAUUGGCAAAGAAUACGGUAACUACAUGUACUACCUGUAUCUGUGGGUGAAGGUUUUUUAUGUCUGCAACGUGCUCGGCCAGCUUUUCUUACUGAAUGCGUUUCUGGGGACUUUCUUUCAUCUGUAUGGGUUCCAAGUAAUCCAGGACCUGGUGUCCAAGCAAGAGUGGUUUGAAAGCGGCAGAUUUCCUCGAGUUACGCUGUGUGACUUCAAAGUCCGUCAACUCGGUGGCAACAUCCAUCGGCAUACCGUUCAGUGUGCGCUCCCCAUCAAUUUGUUCAACGAAAAGAUCUACAUGUUCCUUUGGUUUUGGCUGGUGUACGUGUGCGCUGCCACCAUUUGGGGUCUCAUUUCAUGGCUAGGUUUCCUCAGCCGCCGUGAGAGAAAGUCAUUUGUGGCGAAGUAUCUGAAACGUCUGGGCAUCAUCAACUCGACUAGAACUGGAGACGGAAAGAACGUGCGAAAGUUCAUCACGAAAUACCUGCGACCUGACGGUGCAUUUAUCUUAAACCUGUGCUCUAGAAACACCAAUGACAUCGUCAUUGGAGAACUUAUUGCUGAACUGUGGGCGAAGUUCAUGAAAGACCGUGUACAUUUGUACAGCGACAGGUCUUUGCUGGACGCCGAGGGUGAGCCGCCUGCCGAGCCUGUAGGAAACGACAACGACAAUGAAAACGAGAAACCAGAAAAGCCUCUAAUGUCAUAGAGAUUUGAAACCAAGCCCAUGACAUUAAGCAUAUAGUGUAUUUUGUUCUAGAUUAGAACAUUGAUUGAGGUGUACAUUAAUGUAAGAUACAGGCUCAUCAGUAUAAGUUUUGUUUUGACAUUUUUGAGAAAGUUCAGCGAAGUGUAUAUUGAAUGAAGUUGGGGACAGUGGAAGUUGUAUAGUAAGCUAGCCAUGACAUAGCUCAAAACCAUAUUUUGUUUGAUAUUUUGAUAUGAAGGUGAAGGGUCAGAUUUAAUUUACAUUCGUUGAUAUGUAUCGUAAAUGUGAUAAGUCCUACAAUAACUGUACAAAUACUUUUUAUGCACAUUGCAGUGUCUUUAUGCAUGUGUAUUUUAUAAAUAUAUUGACAAAUUUUUGAAGAAACUGAAAUGAGAGAUACACAAGAAUUGAUCUCGCAACCGUUAUAACCGUCAUUGUAACAGUAUAUGGUUCAUUUACCGGACGGGAAAUCCUGCCGGUAAAUUAAACCUUUUAUUUCAUACACAUUAAACAUUGCAGAUAGUAGCUUUUGCUCGUUAUACAGCAUAUCUUUUCAGCAACAAACGCCUAUUAUGUGCAGUUUUCGUGGUGCUUUGGUUGGGUGUGCUUAGUAAUAUCCGUAGAUACUUAUUAUUAUGUAGCACAGUGUCUAUUUUGAAGGGCAUUCCCAUUGUAAUGUUAAGUUUCAUGUCGUGUAUUGGCCUGUCACUGCUCUAUAUAAUGACAGUGCAACAUUCCACUUCGUGCACAUUGAUCAUGAAACAAAUUAUUUAGUGAAAUGGUUUUUAUAUGAUGUAUUCACAGUCUAGUAGUUGCAAUAACAUGUAGCUUAGAAUACUUACACAAAAUAGCCUAGUUACUUUUCAAGCUAGAGCAACUUGACAAUUUUAGAAAAAGAUUUAUUAUUAGAUGUUCAAUAUUUUCAUUUUCUGUAAUUCCUAAUGAGAAACAAAGUGAUAGAAUAAAACUGUGGACUUUUA